UCAAAGCGUGCGAUCCAUUCCCUGCAGGCACGCACUCAAAUCCCAUUUUAAAGUCUUGGUUUUAUUAACACUGGAGCCCCCGAACCUGGCAUUGAGGCAUGGAGAAUCUUCCAGACUGUGGUCUAGUUUAAUUUUCUGAAAAAGAUCAGCCCCUGUGACUCUUCCCAACUGAGCUACCAGAGGCAUGGAGCUACGGGGACAGCUCUCCAGCUGCUUGUUCUGUGCCAUACUCCUAUCAGUGAUUCCCUUUUCAGAGAGUUUUGAAGUCAACUCAUCCCCAACUGUCACUGGGAUUGUGGGCCAGGAUGUGGUCUUACCCUGCCACAUCUCCACCAGGACACAGCCAAACAACAUGGAAGUGCAGUGGAAGAAAAUCAUCCAGGCACAUAUAGAGACUGUCUAUGAAUACAGAGCCGAGACAGGCCAGGAUGUGCCAGGGCCGAACUACCGGAGCCGGACCGUGCUGUUGAAGGAUGGAUUCACCUCUGGGAAUGUGUCUUUAAAGCUGAAGAACGUCCGACCAGCCGAUGGGGGAACGUACAGCUGCAUAGUGAAGUCUAACGAGUGGAGCGCUGAUGCUGCAACCGAGCUUCAAAUUGCAGCUGUUGCCUCAGUAUCCAUCGACGUGCUGGGUCCCCAGGGCCAGGGGAUUGACCUAGCCUGCAGGUCAACAGGUUGGUUCCCCAAACCUGAACUCCACUGGGUUACAAAGAAUCGGCAGGAUCUGCAGCCUGUGACCAAAACAGAGCAGGAUCAUGAACUUCUCUUCAGUGUUCUGAGCCAAGUCACAAUCCUGGGAGAGGAAACUGGAGAAAUCAGCUGCGUUAUCCAGAACAGCCUGCUGAAAACAGAGCAGAAAUCUGUCAUUCUCCUCUCAGGUGAUAUUUUCCCUCAUGGUUCUCCAUGGCUUGCUGCAUUCUGGGUGUUAUUUACUUUAAACCUUCUUGCGAUGGGUGCCUGUGCAUUUUGGGGAUAUAAAGUCAAGCAGGCAAGGUCUAAGAAAAAAAGAUCAAAAGAAGAAACUUUAUUUCUAUGGGAAACUGAGAAGACGACCUUGGAAUCAGAGCGUGCGGAGCUACUGGAACGACUAGGCAGAGCAGUCACAGAACUAGAUUUCAGGAAGGUUCAGAGCUACAUGGUUCCCAUCACCCUGGAUCCAAGUUACAAACACCCUGAACUCACCGUGUCCGCGGAUGGCAGAAGGGUUUGGCACAACCCCUCUUCUCAAGGGUCGUCUGCCCCCUCCGGGACCCUGAUCGCUGUGGGGAGGGAGGAGUUUAUGGUCAGGAGGGAUCAUGGUGGUGAGGGCGGGGUUUGCAAAUGGUACUGGGAGGUGGAGAUUGGGGACAGCCCAGACUGGGAGCUGGGGGUGCUGAAUAAGACUGUGAGGGAGAGAGUGAGACAGGAGAAGCUGGAGAGACUCCCUGAAGGGGGGUGCUGGGCUCUGGGGAGAUCUGGGGGGUGGUAUCACCCCAAGGAGGCUGACACUGUGAUCAAGAACUGGGAUGUGAAACCAACAGUAGUUGGGGUGUAUCUGGACCUAGAAGAGGGGAAUCUCUCAUUUUAUAGUGUCAAUUCAAUGGCCCUUAUCCUGGAGAUUCCUGUCAAAGGUUUGGAGAUUCCUGUCAAAGGUUUGGAGAUUCCUGUCAAAGGUUUGGAGACUCCUGUCAAAGGUUCAGAGAUUCCUGUCAAAGGUUCAGAGAUUCCUGUCAAAGGUUCGGAGAUUCCUGUCAAAGGUUCAGAGAUUCUUGUCAAAGGUUUGGAGGGAUUGUUCCCAUUCCUCAGCCCUGGUCAUGCUGCGGGGAGGGACCAGGGGAAACCCCUCAGCAUCUGCCCCCCUAGGGACUGGGAUUUCUUCAGUGGGUCUGUUAGUCAGGGAGCUCCCAGAACCCCAGCACAUCCCACUGCCCCCAACAAUGGAGAAGGGGCAGAAAACAACACAGGACUACCUGCCACAGAAGAAACAAUUCCAGCCCCUGGACAGCGCCCUGCUCCUGAAGACCAGGUUGUGAAAGGAAAGAGAGCUGGGCAAUCUGUGAUCAAAUUUUUGCGAAAGCCCUUAUCCUUGCUAAAGGGGGAUAAAACAGAGCAAGAGCAUCUACCAGCAGAAGAGGGGACAGAAACACCAAACCCUGAGAUCUCAAACACCCACCUGCAAGAAACUCACCAGGCUAAAGCCCUCCUGCAGGGUAAAAGGAACCGAAAAGAGAAAAACACUCAGAACUUGAAUCCAGAAAGGAUCUCUGGAGCUGACACUCCUGUUCUGCAGAUUUCAGAGUCAGGAAAUAUGACAAGACAAUCAGAUCCAAACACUGACACCUUGGAAAGAACCUUGCCUCACAGAGAGUCUAGAAAUGGUGACACUUCAGAUGUUUCCUCCCCCUUGAACUCAAAGGAAAACUGCAGUGAUUAGUGAUAAUACUUUAAAACUCACACUAAUUAAAUAGGAAGGUGUUAACUGGAGGGAACUAUGCUAGUGCUAUUUUAAGGUUAGGAAUUUAAAUACACAGAAGUCAGGAAAUGCAGAAGGGAAGGUUCUUACAGUGACACUAACUCUCACACAUUGGAGACAUAUGUGCUCUGCUGCUGCUGCCCUUAUUCAGUUUGGUACUAGUGUGAUUGGAUGAAUGAAGCCCUCACAGUAUAGGACCAGAGUCUGAUAUCCAUACUCAUGUGCAAUAGCACCUCAUUCCAACAUCAGUCCUAUUGACUUCAGUGAGAUCACUCAUGGAGUAAGGUACUAUGCAGCAUGAAUAGAGACACCAGACUCAGGCCAAUCACAAACUGUGUGUGCAGUGCAGAUGAGUUAGUGUUACUCAGAGAACUUUACCUUUUGCACUUCCUGAUUUUUGUCCAUUUAUAUACCCAGUUAAUAGGACCAACAUUUUUCAGAAAGGGAGAGAAGGUGCAGGGACCACAAUGUCAAAUAAAAUGCACAUUUGGUUACUUUGACACCUACAUAGAUAAAUGUGCAUGCAAAUGGCUAAUUUAUACUUGCAACUGUGGUAACUGCAUAUGCAAAUACUAGUGCACAAAUGCAUACUUUGCAGGGAAAGUGAGCCUCUACCUUUGGGAAAUUUACCCAUAACUUUAAACUUGGAUUUUGUGUAUAAUCUCCCUGUUUAUCACACACAAAACAAAAAGAAAGAAAAUUCCAGCGCAAUGUUGCAUGCAGCUAUGAAAAUGUAAAGUCCUUGGCUUUCUGUGUACUGGGGGUAAACUUUUCAAAUGUGCCUAGGUGAGUUAGGAUCCUAUGUCCUGCUUCAGAAGUGACUUGGGCACUUAAACUGAUCAUCAAAGGUAUUUAGGCACUUAACUCACAUUAAAAUCAAGUGUAGACACACCCUUAGGCUCUAAAAAGUCAGUUACUUUUGAAAAGGGGAUUUAAGUUACUAAAUCACCUAGGAUCAUAUUUUUAUAGGUAUUUAGGUGUCUAGCUUCCAUUUAAAUAAAUACCUUUAAAAAUCUGACCCUUCUGAAUUUUUUUUAUUAUACCUUUAAAUGUUUGAGAACACUCCUAGCACAGAGUUGAGUAGCUGUUUUGUAGAAGGUUUGGCAGCUAAUAGCCAAGGAGACACGUGCUCGCACGAACACAUGCGUCUGCACGCGCACACACACACACGCACACACACACACUGUGCUCUCACAGAGACAUUACUUUUGUUCUCUCUUCUUGUUGUUUUCUUUAAUCCAAAAUACCCUGGAGGUGUUUGUGUUCCUUUUUGUGUAUGGAAACAUACAAAUUCAGGCAAUGAGUAUGGGAGUGUAAACAGUGCCCUAUUAUUGCCUAGGCUGAUGAGGCCUAGGUCUAGGGUGGCAAAUUUGCAGGGGCAGCAAAUUUGAGCACCCAGGGAGAAGCUCCCCUCUGCACCAUGCCCCCCUGCUCCAGCUCACCUCCACCUCCGCCUCCUCUGCAAGCACGCAGCCGCGUCCUGUUUCUUUCCCCUCCCUCCCAGGGCUUGUGCUGCGAAACAACUGUUUCGCAGGGCAGGGAGGGAGGGGGAGGAGGGAGAACGCCGCGUGCUGGGGAAAGAGGCGGGGAUUUGGG